AAGGCCGAGAUGGCCGCUCUUAGGCUUCUCUCUAGUUAGAGGAAAGGUGUCAUCAAAAUCUAAAGAGAAGGUUAGUUUGUCGAUCAACGUGGUGUUGUUGAUUACGGUGAAAUAAAUUCUUAUGAAUAAGCUAACGUGUUUAAUCAAAUAACAUGACAGAACGAUAAUCUUGGGUGGAUAACCCGCUUCGUUGACAUUCUUCGCAGGAGGACGUGUGUAAAUAUAUUUCUGGUAUAAAACAGGUUAGAUUUGUGUUUUUAUGCACUUCUCCGCGAAAUUUCGCGAAACAAAUCAUGUCAUUUAACUGGACGAAAAGGAAACCAGAAACCGAUACGAUGAAUCGAGAGAAUACGCGAGGCAUACUCUGUUCUGGCCGGAUUGUUAAGACAAAUAACAUGGAUAUCACAUCGGAUUUUGCCUGCCUUAAGGUCUCGGCCUUGCAAAAGGCAUCACGCAUAUCAGCGAUUACAAAGAUUGAUCGUGUCACAAUUGGACCCCAAUCGGCAAUGUAUGAAGAUGAUUCUGAUAAAAUGGAUAAUAUCGAGAACGAAAAAAAUUCCUGUAACAUUAAAAGUCCACAGAAAGCUGUUACUAGUCCUAAAUCUAACAUGGUAUCCAGUACAAAUGGUAUUUUGUUCUCGAUCAAGAAGAUUCUUCUGGAGAAAGAGCUGCAAAGAAAAGAAGAAGUCAUGAAAGAGAUGAAGCGUCGUAUUCAGCAUAUGAACGACAAUGGUCGUGUUAUUCAAGAGCAAAUGGCAAACUCCCGUUCAUUGAUGGCACGCGAACGCGAACGUCGGACUGAAGAAAAGUUGGCCGAAUUUCUAGCCGAACAGGAACGAAUUGCAGAACAGGACGAGAUCAAGAGGCGUCACGAGCAACAAUUGCAAAUGCAACGUGUUCAAGAGCAGAAAGAAAAGCUUGAACGAGAAGUGGAGGAAUACCGAAGACGGAUGAAAGAAAAGGAAGAACUGUUGAAAUCUGUAUUAUUCCAUCGAAGCCAGUUCAUGGCCAAAUAUCAUGAUCUCGAAACACUAUCUAAGUCCUGCAAAGAUCCAGAAACAUUCAGCAUGGUCAUUGCGACACAUACCGCAAGGAUAAGAGAUUUGAUACUACAAAUUGAAGCUAUCGAUAAAAAGAUUGUUAAUGGAGAAUUAGUAGCCACAGAUGUAAACAUUAUUGAGACUGUGGUUUGCCAUUUUGAUGAUAUAUUGAAUGUAUUUCGUUCGGAAACAGAAAAAAUAAAUACUCAAUAUGAAGCAGAAUUGGUUCGUAAAGCGCAAGCUGCAAAUGAGGUACAGCCAGUUGAAGAGCCAAAUAGUGUUCCAAUUAGUAAUAUAAUUCCUCCUCAACAAUCAGAUGAGAGCAAUGUGGAAAAGAAAGGAGAUCAAAACUCCGAUAUAACAACAAAUCAAGAAACAGCAGUCACAUUGGUUAAUACACCGCCUGUAUCUGAUCCUAAGCCAGAAGAAGAAGUUAAAGAUUCCACGCGCAAAAAUGAUUCCUUCGAAUAUGUUGACAAGGAGUCAUUACAGAUUUACGUCAGGAGCCAACAAUUCUUGCAGUUUUAUAGAGAAACUUGUAAAGAGUUUUUACAAUCGCCUAGUACAAAGAAAUUUCGCUUCGAGUGUCAAAAGGCAAUUAACAUUCCUGUAAAUGCUAUUUCCGGCGUAAGCGAGCAACACUUAAGAGAUAAAUAUGAUAGGCUACAGAAUCUUUUGAUUGGAAAAUUGCCUCCUAACGUUAUACAACAUCCACAAGGAGUGAUUUUCUGCAAAAAUCAUCUGGCGAAAAAGAUAGUUAGUCAAGGCGAGACGUUAGUAUCCAGCAAGCCGGAAAUGGCAUUCCCUGUGGCGAUGAUCGUUGUAGCCCUCUGGAACGAACAUCCAGACUUUGGCGAAUUAUUUUUGGCACAUCUUCACGAGGCAUGCCCGUUUACCGUGCCAAUGUUUUUACCACAGCAAGAAGGACAGUCCAACGAGGAUUAUUACAAAUCCCUCGGUUGUAAAUACUCCGAAGAUGGUACUGUUGAAAAACAGGAUAAGUUUUUGAAAAGGAUGUCAGGUUUAAUAAGGCUAUAUGCAUCGAUUACUGUUACUAAACAGCGGAAAGGUGUUACCAAGACUCAUCCUCAUGGUCUUCAGCAUGCUUGGAGAUGGUUGGCAGCUGUUUUGAAUAUUGAACCACGAGCUGACAUUUGUGAUUUAUGUGCAACUUUGAUAUUGGACAUGCUUGAGGUAGCUGGUAAUGUGUUAUGGACUAUGUAUCAAAAGCAGUUCCACAAAUUAUUGAUAUUAUUAAUAGAAAAAUAUUAUCCGCGUAUGCGUAAUGUUGCGGACGGUGGUGGUGGUCCUCUGGUACGGUUAGAAGAAUUUCUAAAGAACGCUCUGAUAAUUGGUACCAUACGUCCUGCCGAUGGAAUGCUUCCGCCUCAUUUCUUGUGAUUUUUCAUGAAAUCAUCCUCACAACAUAGUGAUUUGAACGUAAAUUGAAAUCUAACA